AUGAAAAAGACAAUUCUUUUUAUAGUCCUUACGCUGGUGAUAACAGCUGCCUGUUCUGCACAGCUGAUCAGCACUAAGAAUAUUUCCCUGGAUGUGGCCAAAAAACUUGCUGCCGAAGCGGUUAAGUAUGCUAAAGCCAAUGGUGCACCCGGUGCCGCCAUUGCUAUUGUUGAUGGCGGCGGCCAUCUUGUUUACCUGGAGAAACUUGAUAAUACGUUUUCCGCAGCAGCUGAAGUAGCUAUUAAAAAAGCCAAUACAGCAGCAUUGUUUAAAGCCCCUUCUUCAAAACUGGAAAACAGUAUUAAUGGCGGACGGCAGGCAUUGAUUACUGUUGGGCAUACAUUUCUGCAGGGAGGAGUGCCUAUUGUGUUUGAAGGACAGGUGGUAGGUGCCAUUGGUGUAAGCGGAAGUGCCAGCGCACAACAGGAUGAAGACAUGGCCAUUGCUGCGGCUAAAGUUUCAAUUAACUGA